AAAACCGAACCAAUAUCUAGAUUAAACAGAUUUAAUGUCUUUUUAUUAAAAAUAACAAAACUAAUAAUCACAUCCCGCGCAAGGCGCGGGUUAUUACCUAGUUGAAGACUAUUUCCGUCACAUUGACAUAAAUACUAGUUUUCUUCUUUCACUUUCCCUAAUUGUAUCAUUUGAUACUUUCUCUUUUUUUCCUCCAUAUGCCAUUGUGUGUCUAACAUAUUUAUAUAAACCAAGUUCACACAUUAAAAUCUUGCAUAGUUUCUCAUCUUACUCUACUUUUUUUUCUUUUUAGAGAGAGAAUCUAGGGUUCUUCUUCGUUUUCUCCUAGUGAAGGUUCUAAGGUCUUCUUGUAGCUUUCUUCUUUGGUUCUUGAGGAAAUUUUGACGAAAUGGGAAGGGGAAGGGUUCAGCUACGGCGGAUCGAGAAUAAGAUACGGAGACAAGUGACGUUUUCAAAGCGAAGAACAGGUUUGGUGAAGAAAGCUCAAGAGAUCUCAGUGUUAUGUGAUGCUGAUGUUGCUUUGAUUGUCUUUUCUCCAAAAGGCAAGCUCUUUGAGUACUCUGCUGGCUCCAGCAUGGAGAGAAUUCUGGAUCGAUAUGAGAGGUGUUCAUACGCCGGUCAAGACAUUCCUACACCCAGUUUGGAUUCGCAGGGUGAGUGUUCAACCGAAUGUUCGAAGCUCUUGAGGAUGAUUGAUGCUAUGCAAAUAAGCUUAAGGCACUUAAAAGGAGAAGAGGUAGAUGCUCUAAGUAUCAGAGAGCUUCAGAGUCUGGAGAUGCAACUUGAUACUUCCCUCAGGAGAACUCGCUCUAGAAAGAACCAGCUCAUGGUAGAGUCCUUAGCACAGCUCCAGAAAAAGGAGAAGGAACUCAAAGAACUGAAGAAACAGCUAACAAAGAAGGUUGAUCAAGGUGAAGACAUUGAGCCGCAAAACAUCAGCCAAGGGUUAGACUCAACACCACCAUGUGAGACACCGCACCUGUUGCCAGGACCUAUUUCUCCCCACCCUCCCUUGUCUAUCGGUACUUAUAGGGACACAUCGCAAAUGAAUGAAAUUGGAGAAAAAGAUACCGGAAUCCUAGUUCGCUCGGGGAAUACAACGUUGCCGCACUGGAUGCCUCGGCUCACUGGAGAGUAGAGGUUCAAGGUCAUCUUGGUUUGUUAUUUUCAGUACUUAAAUUUAUAGAAACUAAAUAACUUCUCGGUUUAAGUAGAGAACCAAACCGAAUAUCAUGAAAUAUAUUCGGUUUUGGUAUUCUUAGAACCGGUGUAAGAUGUUCCAAGUUUCAAACUUCGAACUAAUUUCAGAAAAUUGUAUCCCGAAUGUGAUUUUGUAUAUUUUAUUAAUGACUGUACUUUGCAUUUUGUGUUC